ACUAUCCAUCCACAUCCUCACCAGUUUUCACUCUCAGCUCUAAAUGGAUGACUGUUGCACAGAUGAGCUCUCUGUGCAGACGCCUGGAUGAGCUGUGGGAGGAGAACCAGGGCUGUGUGAUUCUUUUCACAUGGAUCCAGUUCCUUAAAGAGGAGGUUAUGGACUUUCUGGGCAUCCAGUCCCCUCUUGAAGUCAUAAGGGGAGGAAGUAAGGCAGUUGGUGAGCGCAGGAAAACUGACCCAGUAGCCAAAGCUCUGACACAGUGUGGGAGUCAUUCUGAAAAUGCUGAGGAAAAUAAACUAGAAGUGAAGAAGGAAAAGUCUGAGCCACAGUUGUCAUUGCCUUCUCAACUGGACCAGCGGGCGGUUUUGUUGAUGGACCCGCGUGCCGACCUCCUACCUCAGCUCCUGGACUUUGAAGAGGAGCAGCGCCAGAGGGUGUUUGACAGCAAGGUGUUUGGCUGUGGGAUCUGCUUUGUGGAGAAGCUGGGCUCCAUCUGCCUCUGCUUUAAGGAGUGCCAGCAUGUUUACUGCAAGGCCUGCAUGACUGAAUACUUCCAGAUCCAAAUACGAGACGGCAACGUUCAGUGCCUUAAUUGCCCUGAGCCCAAAUGUACCUCCUUAGCCACACCAUCACAGGUCAAGCAGCUGGUGGAUGAGGAGCUGUUUGCCCGUUACGACCGUUUGCUGCUUCAGUCCAGUCUGGACCUCAUGGCCGACGUGGUCUACUGUCCCCGCCAGUCCUGCGGCACCCCUGUUAUGGUGGAGCCAGACACUACCAUGGGGAUUUGCUCGGCCUGCCAGUAUGCCUUUUGCACACUGUGCAAGCUGGGCUAUCAUGGUCUCUCCCACUGUAAAAUCCCUGCAGAUGAAUUGCGCAACCUCAGAGACGAGUACCUGUCAGCCUCCGCUGCAGGGAAAAAGUUCAUGGAGCAACGCUUUGGGAAGAGGGUUAUCCAGAAAGCAGUGGAAGAGUCCUUUAGCAGAGACUGGCUAAAUGAGAACUGCAAAUCCUGCCCACGCUGUGGAACCAAUAUACAGAAAGUGGAUGGCUGUAAUAAGAUGACCUGUACCUCAUGUAGACAAUACUUCUGUUGGCUGUGCCUGGGUCUCCUCAGCAAAGUCAACCCGUACAGUCACUUCAACAACCCACAUUCACCAUGUUACAACCAACUCUUCCAAGGUGUGGAUCUUGAUGAGGAAGAUGCCUUCUGGAGUGAUGAGGAGGACUGACAACCUGUGCAGUACCUCAUUGCUUUAUGCUCCAUUUGAAAGCACUUUAUCUCACAUAACCAUCACUUCACCUGUGGCACUUACUGUGCCUGCAUUAGCAAAACAGUGCCACUACAGCCAUGUACUAUUGUUUAUGAACAAAACAUUCAAUGUCUGGGUGUGUGCAUAUGCGUGUGUAUGUAUGUGUGAUGUGUGUAUGGGUAAUAUAUAUAUAUAUAUAUAUAUAUAUAUAUAUAUAUAUAUAGCUAUUACACACACACACAUACAUAUAUAUAUAUAGUUAUUACACACAACACACAUACAUACAUAUAUAUUAUAGAUAUAUAUAAUUAAAAUAAAAGCGCUGUUCAAGAAUGGCCUUAGUUUUAGCGUUUAGCUCAGAGAGAGAGAUAUUUUGGUAAAAGUUGACAUUUUCUAAAAAACAAAACAAAAAAAACCUCUUGGUUAUGAACAUCAAAAAUGUGUGGUUAGUGAUUGUUUUAGAUAUGACAAUGUCAUAGGAUUAGUCUUUUUUCAAAACAUCAAAUUGUGGAUGCGUUCCUCUUUAUUAUACUCUAAAUCAGAUCUACAGAUUUACUAUCUCCUUAAUUAUGAUGGCUUUUCAACACCUCAGAGGCUCGUAAUGAUCAACCGGUGAUACUGGAACCACUGACUCAGUGUGAUUCAUUAAAGUGUCCAAUUAGCUAGCAUCUAGGUGUUGCAGAGAAAAGGAUGGUGUUUGCCCUACUUUGUCAUAAUAAGUAUCCUUAUUGUUGAACCUGGGAAGUUGUCAACCAGAAAUCAUUACAGAACAAUUUUUUUUUUUUUUUCUCCUUUCUGAAAAUUAUGUUGAUGUUAAUGAUUAUGUUGCUUUGCCUUGAGAUGAGUUGAUUUACAGGAAUGUGUCUUUGCACAUCAUUUGACAAAAAUGAGGUGGGUUGAAAAGAUACAUUCUAUGAGAUUGGUUGUGGGGAACGUUUUUGGUUAUUUCAUUAGUUAGAGUCAAAUGUUUUGUUUUCAUAUAGAAGGUAAUAGCGAACUCUUAAAUAUUUAUGAGGGUUUCUGGGAUUGUGAUUAUGGUAUAUGUCAAGUCAUUCAGGGAAUGGGGUAUGAAAGAAGAUCUUCACUUAGUAGGAAUGAUGUUUGACAAGAUUUGUUCACACCCUCUUUCCGAGUGUUUUUGCCAACGUUUAGUGUCAAUGAGAGGCCAUAUAAUCUUGAUGUUGUCUAGAGAUACAAAUAAAUAUUUUAUAUUAAUUUAUUUUAUUUCGUUUUACAUUUGAUCAGAAAGGGGAAUAUCUCGUGGAGGCGGUUCUGUUUGAAAUUGAUCACUGGAUCAAAUCUUAUCCAUGUUAAAUGA